AUGGAAGGGGAUGCAAAUACUGGUUACUUCCAUAAAUCAGUGAAAGCAAACUUGUCCAGAAACGUCAUCCAUUUUCUGCAUAAUGGUUCCAAUCAAAGAAUUUCAGAUCCUUCUCAGAUCAGGUCCAUGGUUAUUAAUUUCUACACUAAUCUCUUGGGGACUUCAGAUUCUUAUGUUCUGCCUUAUUCUAUCUCCCAGCUUCAGAGUAUCCAGCCUUAUCGCUGUUCUGAUUCAUCUUCAGAUAAGCUUUCUGCUUGCCCCUCUAAUGAAGAGAUAAGGUCCAUAGUUUUUUCUCUUCCAAAGAAUAAAGCUCCUGGUCCCGAUGGGUUCACAACAAAGUUUUUUACUUCUUCUUGGGAUCUAGUGAAGGAAGACUUUCUCAAAGCAAUUAAAGAUUUCUUCAUAAACUUCUCUUUGCCAAGGCAAGUAAAUGCUACAGCUAUUUCUUUGAUCCCAAAAGUGGUUGGUGCAGCUUCCCUCUCAGAUUUUCGCCCUAUUUCUCUCUGCAAUACAAUCUACAAAGUUAUCUCUAGAAUCUUAGCUUCUCGUCUUAAGGAAGUGACUUCUGAAAUAGUUCAAAGGAACCAGGUUGGAUUCAUUAAAGGAAGAUUACUUUGUGAGAAUGUUUUAUUAGCUUCUGAACUGGUAACAGAUUUCCAUAAGCCUGGUCCUUGUACUAGAGGCUGCUUGCAAAUCGAUAUAUCGAAAGCUUAUGAUAACGAUGUCCUCAUUUUCUUUGACGGCUCAGAACGAUCUUUAACUGGUAUUCUGGAUACUUUGUUAACGUUUCAACGUGCUUCUGGUUUGGGUCUAAAUUUGAAGAAGUCUUGUUUAUUUUUGGAUGGUAACAAUUUGGUUUUGGCACGGGAAUUAGCUACAAGAUUUGGAAUGACCCAAGGAUCCCUUCCAGUGAGAUACUUAGGUUUACCUUUGCUGCCUCAUAAGCUUCGUCCCCAGGACUAUCAAGUCUUGAUCGACAAGGUUCUGGACCGUAUCUCUUCUUGGAGAACAAAGAAUUUAUCUUUCGCAGGGAGGCUUCAACUAAUACAAUAUGUUCUUUACAGUAUUAUUAAUUUUUGGGCUACUGUUUUUCCAUUACCAAAGGGUUGUCUUACUACUCUUGGCAGAAUUUGUAAUGCUUUUCUCUGGAGUGGUGCCCCAAAUUCAGCAAGAGGAGCAAAGGUUGCUUGGGACACAGUUUGUACUCCUAAGGAAGAAGGAGGUUUGGGGUUGAGGAAUCUUCAUGAUAUUAAUCAGGUUUUUGGGCUGAAAUUGAUUUGGCUACUCUUUGCUGGGAAUGGAUCUCUAUGGGUUGCUUGGAUUGAAAAGAAGGUUUUAAAUGGGCGUCACUUCUGGUCUUCUGACUUUCAACUAUCAGGAAGUUGGAUAUGGAGGCAGUUGAUGAAACUCAGAACUUUAGCUCGUCCUUUUCUUGUCUGUCAAAUUCGUUCUGGAAAUUCUGCCUUCUUUUGGCACGACAAUUGGACUAACCUAGGACCUUUGAUUGACAUCACUGGAUCUAAUGGACCUAGGGUUACCGGUAUUCCAACUUUGGCAAAGGUUUCUCAGGCUUGUGUGGCAGGUUCCUGGCUUCUUUCUCGCGAGAGACAUCCUAUUUUGUGUCUCCUGCGGGAUUGUCUCCCUGCUCACACACCGGACAAUUGA